CGCCUUCCCCUUCCUGACCCCGCUGCUUGCUUGCUUCCUCCCAAGGGCAAGCACCCAAACCCAGAGCCGCCGCCGCGAUCCCACCAACUCCCCGCAGAUCGAGCGGCGCGGCGGACGGCGGCGAUGAGGAAGCGGGAGAGGGAGAACCCGUGCGGGGUCUGCGGGCACUACCACAAGUGCGAGGAGGGGGAGAUAUGCGGGGUCUGCGGCCACAGGCCCGCGGCGGCGGACGCGGUGGCCCCGGCGAGGCUCGACUCCGCCUUCCCCACCGAGGUGCUCCCGGGCUUCCUCUUCCUCGGCAGCUACGACAACGCCUCCCGCUCCGAGGUCCUCAAGACGCUCAACAUCACCCACAUCCUCAACACUGUGCCAGAUUGCCAUAAUCUUUACCGGAAUUCAUUCACUUAUCACUGCCUCCAAGAUGAGAAAACUUUGGAUUUUGAUGGUGCUACUCAGUUUCUAGAAGAAUGUGAAAGAGGUCAAUCACGUGUUCUUGUCCAUUGCAUGUCCGGGAAAAACAGGUCAGCUGCUGUGGUAACGGCCUUCUUGAUGAAGUCUAGAGGGUGGAGACUUGCACCGUCUUUCCAGUGGGUAAAAGAUAGGCGGCCACAGGUCCAACUAACAGAAGCUUCUCAGAGCCAGCUUACUGAGUACGAACAGAAGCUCUUUGCACCCAACGCUGGCACGCUAGCUCAGACAGCAGUUCUAACUGAGUCAUUUCCUUCGCUCGGAUUUGGUUUCCCGAAGCCAUCAGGCGACAUCCAAGUACCUGCAUUCAACCAGACUGCUGUGCCAUCCAUCUUCGAGCGAGCUGGCCCAAACAAUGUUCCCAGUAAUUUUACUUUCGGAGCCGAGGGUUCAAUGGGAGUCAAUCCUGCAGGGAACAACAACGGCGCAGUCGCCCCAACUUCGACUGAUAACCAGAUGGACAGCUCUUAAGAUGACUCGACAGGUUGCAUAACAUUUGUUACGGAUGCAUGUUACUGCUAGGUCUAUCGAAUAUGUCGCUGGAUGUUUUUGAUUUCACCAGAUUGAGAAAUGGUUCUGGCAAAUGAUAUUGUGGCUGUGGGGUUAUAUUGCAGUAGACUCAGGCACUCAACAGUUAACGCUCGCUAGUGGUUGGUUAGUGGCUUA